AUGGAAUAUAAUUUUAAUUUUGGUAAUCCAAUAUUUAGAGGAGAUAUUUUUCCUUUACAUAUGAUACCUGAUGAUUUAAAUCUUCAGGCACAACAUUUUGUCUAUCGAAAUCAUAGAAUUGCUGGUUUUGAAUUAAAUGGUGAAAAAUAUAUUUGUAUACCUCAGGCUUUUGAUAUUUUUUUAAAAAAUCUUGUAGGUGGUUUACAUACAGUUUAUACAAAAUUGAAACGUCUUAAUAUUCAACCAAUUAUUUGUAAUGUUGAACAAGUUAGAGAACUUAGAAAUAUGGGAGCAAUUCAACCAGGUGUUAAUAGAUAUUGUACAUGUCUUGAAGCAAGACCAGGUAGGCCACCAAAAAGACUUUUAUCAAUGGAUCAAUGGGCUAGUAAAAGAGAUAAAUUUGAAGAAAAAGAAAGUUGUAGUAAAACAUCUAUAAAUUCUAGUGAAUGUCAAAAUUCUAAUACACCAAAUGUAAAUAAUCAAAAUAUUAUGAAUGCAAUUUUUCAUCAACAACUUCUUUUUCAACAAAUGUUGGUAGCAUCAAAUGUAGGAAGAAUACAAAAUAAAGAUAUAAGAGAUAGAAAUGAAAAUACUAUGCAAAAUGAAAGAACACAAACUUGGAAUGAAAAAUAUAUGAAUGUUGAGUGUAAAGAUAAUGAAGAUAAUAAUGAAUCACAAUCAGUUUCUUGUCAAAAUCAAAACAAAGAUAGUAAUGAUGAUACAAAAACAUUUUCAUCAUUCUUUUCUGAAAAAAGUGAUUCUAAAAAAGGUCAAGAAAAUAAUUCAUCAACCUCAAGUAGUUCAACAAAAAAUAUUCUUAUAAAUUCUGAACCAAAUUCACAUUCAUCUAUUGAAACAUGUGAUUCAAUAAAAUCUACAUUUACAGAUCGUGGUUCAUCAGGUAGUAGUGAUGAAUAUACAAAUGGAAACAAUUCUAUGCAUAAUAAAAAUUCUAACGGUGCAUCGAUAGAAUUUUUAAUGGGUAAAUUAUCGUCAAUAAUUGAACAAGCUGACAAUACAUUCAAACAACAUUAUGAGAAAAUGGAUCUUAUAAUUGAAGGUAUUUCUAAAAUUUCAGAAGUAAUGUCUAACCAAAGUUAUUUAAUGAAUAAAUUAGAAGAAGAAAGAAAACGAUGUAAUACAUAUAUGAAAAAAUAUCUUAAUGUAUGUAGAAGAAAAAAACAAAUAACUGAGGAAAAAAAAGAAAAUUAA